AUGUUCGCCAGUCGAUUGUUACUUCAAACUAAACGCACAUUUGCUGUAUAUACGACGACAAUGGCACAAUUGAAAGUAGCAAUUAUAGGUCAAAGUAAUUUCGCAGCAGAAGUUUAUAAACUUUUGAAGCAAGAUGGUCACAAAAUUACUGGAGUGUUUACAAUACCGGAUAAAUCUAAUCGAGAAGAUCCUUUAGCUGCGACUGCAAAAGCGGACAAUACUCCAGUUUUUAAAAUCAAAGCAUGGAGAAGUAAAGGUGUGCCGCUACCUGAAAUAUUAGAUCUUUACAAAAGUAUUGAUGUUGAUCUUAAUGUAUUACCGUUUUGCACCCAAUUUAUUCCAAUGGAAGUUAUCGAUCAUCCAAAACAUAAAAAAGCUGGAUUUUCGAUAUUUUGGGCCGACGAUGGCUUGGAUACAGGCCCUAUUUUGCUACAAAAAUCAUGCUCAGUUGAUCCAGAUGACACUUUAGAUACUUUGUACAAUAACUUCUUAUAUCCAAAAGGUAUCAAAGCAAUGGGCGAAGCAGUAAAUCUUGUAGCGAGUGGAAAAGCGCCUAAAAUACCCCAAUCUGCAAAAGGUGCAACCUAUGAUGCGUUAUUAAAUAAAGAAGAAUUGCAGAAGAUUGAUUGGAAAAGUAAAUCUGCGGUACAAGUUCACAAUUUUAUUCGAGCGUUUGAUAGUACACCUGGUGCUUGGACAACAUUGGACGGUCAAAAAGUCCGCUUUUACGGAUCGAAAUUGUGGAGUGAAGAGAAACCUGAAGGAGAUGUUGUCGACGUCGAUGGUAACACUGGGAUUGUUCAUGACAGCGGUUUGUUAGUCGUCACUUCAGAUGGAAAAUACGUGAACGUCGAGAAGCUUAAAAUUGGAACUAAAACGAUUCUGGCGUCCAAGUACGGGAAGGUCAGUGAAUCAGCGAGCAUCGACUUUACGGAUGAAGAACAAAUAAAUGUUGAAUCGAUAAGACAAAUUUGGAAAAGUAUUCUUAACGUGGAAGUAGACAAUGAUACAGAUUUUUUUGCUUGUGGUGCUGGUAGCAUGGACGUAGUAAGACUGGUCGAAGAAGUUAAAGACCUUAUUGGCGUAACAAUGCAAAACACAGAUGUAUUUAUGGCACCAGUUUUCAUUGAAUUCGCAACGUCAGUCAUUGCAGCAGGUAGAGGAGCUUCUGGAGCCGGGAAAGACGUUAAAUAUGAUGCUGUUGAAGUUCGUGCAAAUAAUCUUGAUUUAAAAUUUCCACGUCAGCUUUUUAUCAACGGGCAGUUUGUCAAUGGCCACGGUAAACCGAUACCUACCAUUGAUCCACAUGAUGAGCAUGUUAUAUGUCAUAUUGAGAGCGCAACUUCUGAGGACGUUGAUCUGGCAGUGAAAGCUGCCAAGAAAGCAUUUGACGAGGGAGAAUGGAGCAAAAUGAGUGCCCGUGAUCGUGGUACUUUACUUUUUAAGUUGGCAGAUUUGAUGGAGCAGCAUAAAGAAGAAUUGGCAACGAUUGAGAGCAUCGAUUCGGGAGCUGUUUACACUCUGGCUUUAAAAACUCAUGUAGGAAUGUCAAUUGAAACGUGGAGAUAUUUUGCCGGUUGGUGCGACAAAAUCCAAGGGUCAACUAUUCCUAUAUCGCAUGCGAGGCCAAAUCGUAAUUUAACUUUUACCAAAAAAGAGCCCAUUGGAGUGUGUGGUUUGGUUACACCUUGGAACUAUCCACUAAUGAUGUUGUCAUGGAAAAUGGCAGCCUGUUUAGCUGCGGGGAACACUGUUGUAAUGAAACCAGCUCAAGCUUCACCGCUCACUGCUCUUAAGUUUGCUGAACUAUCGGUUAAAGCGGGUAUUCCACCUGGAGUUAUUAACAUUGUGCCCGGUAAUGGCUCAGUGACAGGAAUGUCUAUCGUCAAUCAUCCACUAAUUAGAAAGCUUGGGUUUACUGGUUCUACGGAAAUCGGGCAAAUGAUCAUGAAAAGCUGUGCAGAGAGUAAUUUGAAAAAAGUUUCUUUGGAGUUAGGUGGGAAAAGUCCACUUGUUAUAUUUGAAGAUGCUGAUUUACAGCAUGCUGUCAGAGUUGGCAUGAGCAGUGUCUUUUUCAAUAAAGGAGAAAAUUGCAUCGCUGCAGGCCGUCUCUUUGUUGAAGAUAGGAUUCACGAUGAAUUUGUGAAGCGAACUGUUGAAGAAGUUAAAAAAAUAGUUAUCGGGAAUCCGUUGGAUAGAAAAACAUCUCACGGACCACAGAAUCACAAGAAUCAUCUAGAUAAACUGAUCGAAUUUGUAGAGACAGGUGUGAAAGAAGGCGCGACUUUGGUCUACGGUGGAAAACGAUUAAAUAGACCAGGCUGGUACUUCGAACCGACUAUUUUUACCAAUGUCAAAGAUGAAAUGUUCAUUGCUAAAGAAGAAUCAUUCGGUCCAAUUAUGAUCAUAUCCAAAUUUAAUUCUAACAAUUUAGAUAAAUUGAUAGCACGUGCUAACAAUACCGAAUUCGGGCUUGCUUCAGGUGUUCUUAGUAAGGAUAUCAGUCGAGCUUUGCGUUUUGCUGAAAAAAUAGAUGCUGGAACGGUAUUUAUUAAUACUUACAAUAAAACUGAUGUAGCUGCACCGUUUGGUGGAUUUAAACAAUCAGGAUUUGGCAAAGAUUUAGGCCAGGAAGCACUUAAUGAGUAUCUCAAAACGAAGACUGUUACUAUCGAAUAUUAA